AUGACAACUGCAAGCAUCGACAUGGGCAGGAUUACGUUCUUCGAGGACCGGAACUUCCAGGGUCGGUCGUACGAGUGCAGCAGCGACUGCGCCGACAUCCACCUGCACCUGAACCGCUGCAGCUCCUGCAGGGUGGACAGCGGAUGCUUCGUGGUGUACGACCGCCACAACUUCGCGGGGAAUCAGGUGUUCUUACGACGAGGGGAGUACUCCGACGUCCAGCGCAUCGGGAGCAUCAUGGGUAUGGUGGGCAUGGCCGUCAUGGACACGAUUCGCUCCUGUCGCAUCAUCCCGAUGCACCGUGGUCAGUUCAGGAUGAGGAUCUAUGAGAGGGAGAACUUCGGGGGUCGGAUGCAGGAGCUGGUGGACGACUGUGAGUCUGUGCAGGACGCUCUGGACCUGUCCGACUGUCUGUCCUGUCAGGUGACGGACGGACACUGGCUGGCGUUCGAGCAGGUCCACUUCCGAGGCCGGAUGACGUACCUGAGGCCCGGGGAGUACCGGAACCUGAGGGACCCGGCGGUGAGCGGCGUGAUGAAGGUCAGCUCCGUCCGACGCAUCACCGACUCCUGCUGA